AUGAUCAACCUUAGGCACUUCUGUUAUUUAAAUUUAUUAAAAAUAAGUUAUGGUUUUCAGUCGUCAUCACUGUCUCAACUGCCACCUCCAGCUUAUUCUCUGAGUCGCCGACCUCCAGAAAUUAAUUCAGAAUCAAUGAAUGAGAACGAAUUUAGUGCUUUUGCUGACAAUUUGCCAUCGUACAAUCAACUUAGUCAAAACAUCGACAAUUUACCACCAAAUUAUUACAAUAUUUCUAUUGUGCCAGAAGGAGCAAUAUUGAAUUAUAGUGAUGUUUUGCCAGUUGCUAAGCUGUCCGAAGCCGAGAUCGAGAGAAAUAAAAAUGGAAUUAUAUCGCUUGAUCCGCUAUUAAACAACAAUCCCGAUGAAUUGUGGCGCUAUUUUAUGACAUAUCUUACCGAAAAACCGAAUGUGGUUGUCGUUGUUCACGGAUACCAUACCGAAAGUUACAUUGCAUAUGAACAAUAUCGAGACGCUAACGGUAAUUUUAGUACUCGUCCUGUUCAUCGAUCUAAGCAAGUUGACGAUUUCAAUUUUACUGUUGAUAUUACUCCAUACAUCAAUGCAAAAUGGUCACGAGUUGUUGUUCGAGCGAAUGGCACUGAUAAUGAAGACUCUAUCACUUUGCGUGAUUGUCUCGAGCAAUAUACUCGAAGUACAAAGAAAAUCAAACAACUUACUCUGGAAAAACAAAUUGAUGGCUGGCGCCUCCAGGAUGUGAAAGACAACAUCAAGGUACUACUUCGUCAAACUGGUUAUCGACAUCAUAUAACAGUUACAUUUCCAUUGACAAACUAUAAAAUUGUCGCACGUGGCAGCAACAAAAUAUCAAAAUUUGCUAAUAAUACGUGUGCUCGAUUAACAUGUGCUCUCACUUGUCUGUGGAUCGUAUUUCUACCCGUUUAUUUAUGUAUGAGAUCUCGAGUCUUGCUACUAUCAUUUAAUCAAGUUCGUUCAACAAUUUAUGGAUGUAAUCCAAAUGCAGAAUGUGGAUGCUCGCAGUUCAAUGCAACUUUAACACGAAUCAUUGGUGGAGAAUCGGUUAAACUAUCAACAUGGGGUUUUGCUGUUUCUAUUAGAGUUGGUGGAUCCCAUUUCUGUGGUGGAACAAUUUUGAGCGACAAGUUGAUAAUCACUGCCGCCCACUGCGUCGCCGCCUUUCCAUCAAUUUCACGUGUUAGCAUUGCUGCAGGUAGUAAUUAUUUAACUAUACCAAAUCAAGUGCGUUCCAUUUCAACAGCAACAAUGCAUGAAGAAUAUGAUCCCAGUCAGUUUCUUAAUGAUAUUGCGAUUCUAAAAUUAUCCUCGUCCCUAGAUUUAACUGAUUCAGAAGUGUCGAAAAUUUGUUUACCAAACAUUUCAUCAAGUUAUCUCAGCUUAAAUGAAUAUCCGCCACCAGAUUUAGAUGUAGUAGCGAUUGGGUGGGGAGUGCUAUUUUAUCACAGUGUUAAUAUGUCAAAUACACUUCAACAAGUAGCUUUAAGAACAAUUUCAAAAUCCAACUACUAUUGUAAUGGGACAUUGUAUAAUCCCAAGUAUCAAUUUUGUGCAGGAAAUUUGACCGGAGGCAAAGAUACGUGUCAAGGCGAUAGCGGUGGACCUUUACUAUUGUUCACUAAUAAUCAAUGGCAAUUAGUUGGUAUUACUAGUUAUGGCGUUGGUUGUGGGAAUGUUGAUCGCCCUGGUAUUUACACAAGAGUGGCAUACUAUCUGGAUUGGAUUAAAUUGAAUGGUUGUCAAUCAUCUAUUGAUAUAUCAGCAAAAAAAUAUUUUUACUGUUUGGUAUUAUUUAUUAUGCUCUUUAUACGUCUUCCGAUGACUUCAUAA